CUCGUAAUAGCCAGCCGCUUCUAAAAUCACCGUCUCCAUCUCUCCGGCAUUCUCCGCCAUUCACUCUGCUCAACGCCGCCGUAUUCCUUCUUCGUUCUAAUCUUCCCUUUAUACUCUGAAACGAUGUCGUACGACGAUGUGGAGAUAGAGGAUAUGGAGUGGAACGAAGAGAUUCAGGCGUACACGUAUCCUUGCCCUUGUGGCGAUUUGUUCCAGAUUACGAAGGAGGAUCUCCGUCUCGGCGAGGAGAUCGCGAAUUGCCCUAGCUGCUCGCUCUAUAUCACCGUCAUCUACAACAUGGAGGAUUUUCAAACCGAUACGAAGAAGAAGAAUAACGAACCCAAAAGUGGCCAGCCCAUCGCCGUCGCUUGAG